UCGGCUGGCCUGGGCUCUAGUCCACAUCAGCAUCAGUGAGCUCCACCAAGUCCUCCGGGUGCAAGUGAACCGAGUGCUGGAAGUGUCGGAAAAUAAUCGAGAACUGGGUCGAAACAACUUGAGAACCCAACACCAUCAAUGCCCCCAGUCUUGUGAAGCGUCUGACUGUCCUCUGGAUGUUGGUGAAUCCUCUGAAUGUCCAUCAUCAUCAUCAUGGCUUAGCAUCGCAUCAGUGGAGUCAUUAUGAUCGUGCAGUUCCACCGGCCCAUCGACAUGUAACUCUCCAUCAAUCCCCGAUUAUCCAACCGGACAUCCGCUGAACGACUGGGUCAAGGCCCCGGGAAUAAUGAAAAAUUCACUUUUCAAUCGGUCACGAGGUGCCUCGCGCCUCAAUUCGUUCCGCAAUCACAUCAAUCGAAUGGCGACUGACUGCCACCUGUGACCAUCCAUCGAUAUUGGCUAUCACUCGGUCAUAUCCACUUCCUCGAAGUGCACGUGAAAAUCGGUAGAAGAACGACGUGGUCAAGGCGGAAGAGGAAGAGACGGAAAAAAGUUGUGAGGGGGUUGAUUUUUUUUUUUCAAGUGUCAGUGCAGAAGAAAAAUUGAUUUGUGGGGGGGGGUUGUGCGAGAUGAUGGAAUGGCAUUGCGAGGGUGAUUGGAAAGUCCUGGAGAGGUGACUCGGGGUCUAGUGUUUUUUUUUCUCUUUAUUUGUUUAUCAUUUAAUCCACCCUCCGAGCGGAGAAAAAUUUCUCUCAUCCAGUUUUACCUGUCUCGUGUGGAGAUAGGGGUGACCGGGGGGUGGGCUUUAAAGUGGCCGGGAUAAAAUCACGUGAGGCUCGACGGCAUUGUAAAUUAUUCUCGCACGAGAAUUUCCGCAAGGGGAGGACACCCCUUCAGCCCUUGUUCAGUCUGCACUCCAGUUGUUUCGCUUUGUUUCCCUCUGUCACUUUUAUUUAUUCUUUUCAUUUUUCCUCCCUCUCCCCCGUCUCGUCCCUUUGACCGCCGGUCAUUCCACCCCCCCGCCCGAGGGGUUGACGGUUGCAAAUCCAUACGUUGAGUGGAGCACUCGGGACUCGGCAAUUAAUGAAAACAAAAUUAAUUAAAAAUUUUUAAUGAACUAUUUGCGGAGUGAGAGAAUGGGGAAAAAUUGUGCUGACAUUUGUGGACAAGUGAGUGAUUAAUUUUCGAUGAUUUAUCGUAAAACUUAAUCGGAUGGCAGCCAACAGGCGACGGUGUUAAUUAACUCGGGGGGAAUAUAAGUGGGGAAUUGUUUGUUGAUGAUCAAAAACAGGGGUUGACGGUAAUUCGUGUUGUGUGGUGAGAUAAUUGUCAUCGCGAUGGGGUGUGAACUGACUAAACUGGCGUCAUCGGGCUCCCAAAAUCGCAGCGGACGGGAGAGCCCACCACCUCCACCGGCUACGGAUUCACGACUACCACUUACUGCCAGACAAAAGUACACAGUCAUUGCUAGUUGGAAGGCCGUUGCAAGGGCCAUGGAGCCCACCGGAGUCUACAUGUUCGUCAAACUCUUUGAGGACAACGCCGAACUGCUCAAUUUAUUUACGAAAUUCCGGGAGCUGAAGACGAAGGAGGAACAGACUAAUAGUACAGCACUUGCUGAGCACGCAGUCAAGGUCAUGCAGACCCUGGAUGAGGGUAUCAAGGGCCUUGACGAUAUCGACGAAUUCUUCGCCUAUCUGCAUCAGGUGGGGGCCUCGCACACGAAAAUCCCUGGCUUCAACAAGGCCUUCUUCUGGAAAAUCGAGGCGCCAUUUUUGGAAGCGGUGUCUCGAACACUGGGGGACCGUUAUACGGACAACGUUGAGACAAUCUACAAGCUGACGAUAAAAUUCAUUAUCGAAACGCUGAUCGUCGGCUACGACAAAGCCGCCGGCAACACCAACUCCUAGUCUCCCACCUGAUAAUCAAUGUUUCACGAUAAAUAACGAGGGAAAAAAGUUGAAUGUCACCCCCGAACGGGGUACACCUGGGGACAAAGCCUCCGAUGAAUCGAGAAUUUCGAAUCUCCAAUUUCCGGUGACUCCACCAGAAUCAGGAGGGCACAAGUCCAACGACCGAGAUGUCGGACGCCUCCGAAAUGAGGAAAAAAUCGAUUUCUCAUUAAAAAAAAAAUAAAACUGACAAAUUCAUAGUCAAUUCCAAUUAAUCGUUCUCCAUCUCGACACUCACCAGCUUUGUGACUGAAAAAAUCCUCGUGAUUCCCAAAAAAAUAAAUAAAAACUAAACGAGAUGAACCCAAUCUAGCCAAAUAUGUGUUAAAAGUUAAUUAAGAGACAAUGACUGUGUGCGUGUUAUCAAUUACUUCGCCUCACCAAAAUAAAAAUCUCCACUGAACUUAACAUUUCAGCCGAAUUAGUGUGAAGACAAGUGGAAGUCGAGAUAAGAAUGCUCUGGAGAGAGAAAAAUAGGCACGAUUUGCGGGGAUGAAAAAUUUAAGUGAAAAAAAAAAAAAAACACACGCGAGUCAACUCUCGCCAACCACGAUGUCAAUUUCUUAUGAGGUCUUUGAACUAGAACUCCUUCCCCCCACCCACUUCCCCGCACCCCAACCGCCCUUUUUCGCCUAUCCACUUCAUCCCCCUUCCGCCCCUCGGCCGCUCAUUCAUCAAGUUUUUCCCUUCUCUGCCCCUCGGCAAAAAUACCACAAUUUCCAUAGAUUUUCAUUCUCCUAUCUCUAGUUCAUUUUAAUAUUUAUUGAAAGAGGGGGUAGAACGAACUGGCGUAUGCAACAUUCAAGGAAUUAUCGUUCGUUUUCUUUUGUGAAUAUUUCGUGACACGAAAUAUAUUUUUUGUAUAUUUUUUGAUAUUUUUUUGUUGAUGUUCAGUUAUGAGAAAAUUCUGAACGUGAAUUUUCUACUGACGAUUGAUUGUCGCCAGGGGGGUGGGCGGUGCUGGUAGAUCAAUCGAUAACUUCGAUUUUUUAUGCCCAAAAUAUGGAGGAAAAAGUUAGGGGGUGAUAAGCGUUUUAAGGGGAGACCGGGGGGAAAUCGGUAGCGAAGUGGUAAAAGGAGAUGAGUCACUUGUGACUGGUGCUCAGUUUUUGACGAAUAUCUCGGAAUCUAGGGGAGAUAACAAAAUGUUUAUCAUGACCUUUUUUAUGGGGCUAAUUGCUCACUACAAAAAGUGUCAUAUCAAAAAUUCCCUUAUCUCUCUUAGAUUCGGAGAUAUCGCUAAAAAACUCGGCUCGGAGAAACGUCCAUUUAUUUCGUUUUAUGAGUUCCCUACGGAAAUUCGAAAACCUCUGGGUUUUAUGACGACGUAUUGAACCCCAGGACUUUCGAAAUAUUUUGAUGUGUUAAAAUGAGUCAAAAUCUUGGAAAAACCUGUCCUCCCCUGUCCCCUAUCCCAGAACAAUGCGCCCCUCGAUUUUCGAAUUUUCCGAAACUCUUGGAAUUGAUCUGUUCCCCCAUUUUUUUAAAACCCAAACUUUAUAAAUUUUUACAGUCGUCUCUGUGACACCCUGACACCCCCCAUCUCCCCAUGGCCUCCCCAAUGGAAAUACUAUGACCGUUGUUGUAUUAAUUUCACACAAACAUACAAAAUAUGCACAAAAAUUGUACCUUCUCAGUACCCGAAAGCAAGAUGACAUAAUUGUUUUAACCGAAAGUCUUCAAAGAGAUGAUAACGGAGAAAAAGUAUAUUACACGCAUAAUUUUAAUGAAAAUGAAAAUGAGAAUAAUAUAUAUACAUAUUGUAUGAAUUGCUGGUAUAACUUGCAGUUACUGCAAAUGUUGCAUUAUCUGUCUGUUUAUUCUAUACAGGUCCAAGGUGUAUUAUUGUAUCUGAUGGAAUAUUAUAUAUUAUGAAAGAAAAUAUAUGAUAUAUAAUAUGUA